GUCAUAUCUGUACAAUUUGACAUACAUCGACGAUUAUACAAAACAAUUAUACAAAAAUCAUUUCAUGAAGGGUAACUUUUCAAAAGAUUUUUUUUUUCAGUAAACCCCAAGUAAAUACCAAAAGUAAACCCGGGGUAUAGUUGGGGUCUACUCUGGUGCUAGGUUGGCUCUGAUCGGUACUGAUGUGUUUGUGUUGCAGUCUGUUCGAUUGCCAUAUCGAAAAGUACGACGUCUACAAAGUGGAAACCAUUGGAGAUGCUUACAUGGUGGCCUGUGGAGUUCCGGUUCUGAAUGGAAAUGCGCAUGCAUCCCACAUCUGCAAUCUUGCCCUUGACCUUUAACAAUUGAUGAAGGAGUAUCGUGUACCAGGGUCAUUCCAAAGAAAAGAAGAAGUGAAGAUAAGGAUCGGCAUUCAUUCAGGUCCCUGUGUCGCGGGAAUCGUCGGCCGAAAGAUGCCGUGGUAUUGUCUUUUUGGGGACACAGUUAACACCGCCUCUAGAAUGGAAUCCACAGGUCAAGGCGGACGUAUUCAUUUGAGCUCAGUCACCUACAAGCUUAUCAAACAGACAGGGAUAUUUACGACAGUACUUAGAGGCAUGGUUACGGUUAAGGGAAAGGGUGAGAUGACGACAUACUGGCUUAUUUCUUCCUGUCAGAGCUCUCAGGUGAAAAUCCGCGAAAUAGUGCAGGCUGAAAAUAGCGGUAAAACGCGCGGAGGAGUACAGUUUAUAUAGAGAGAAGCACUCUCUCUUUGUCAAGACUAUUGAUAAUGAAGCAAGAUUUAAACAUUUCAUUGAUUUCGUACCAAUAAAAUGAACUGAAAAAGUAUACGAUUUCUUAAUGAUGUUCCUGAGACAGGUACAUGUUAAAGGUUACUGAAAGUU